AUGGCACUUUUAUUCCAUCUCUAUUUUCUUGUAGGUUCUGGCUCUAGGUAUUGGUACGACUCAAACGCCUUUUUAUUCUCACUUGUAAACAAGCCAGGGUGGGCACCCAUCAAGUUGCCUCAGACAGGGAAAAAUACUUCCAGAAGGCAAUAUUCCAUAUACUUUAACCCAUCAUUUGGGCCAACAUUCGGAGGAGGAAAUGACAUUUACAUAUCAAACUACGCGUCAUCCAAUCGCAAUUCAUAUGGCAACCUUGGCCAUACUUACAGCCCACCGAGCGGAUACAGCGACGGCAACACCCUCGCCAAAAUAUUCCUAGCAGGAACAUACAGCUUCACACCAGACGAAGUAGAAACGUUUUACGAAACAACUUAA